CGUGACACUAGCCAAAUAGGAAGAAGAAGAAAAAGCAGAAGAACGCUGCUGUCAGCGCGUCCAAGUCGAAUGUACCCGAUGUGAACUCGUUCAAAAGUGCAUUUUCAUUCCGUUUUUAGAAGAUUAAAAGCUCAAAUUUUAUUAAAAUGAUUAAAUUUCCCGAAAACAUUGACAUAAAGGAUUAUACAUUGAUCCUACCGGCGGUAGCUGUUGGAAAUGUGGCGCAAUUGGCCGUGGAUCUUUUGAUUUACAACAGUGGAAUGAAAAAAAUCGGACAACUACUGAGUCCCGAUUUUAUACCGUUUUGUGGUGCUAAUCCUUACGACAAAAAUUCAUCUGAAAUCUGCACGACCGCUGACUUUUAUAUACACGAGGAUAAGCGAUUAAUUGUUCUGCAAAUACGUUCACCACCGUUAACUAAAUUGGUUGAUGUCUUCAACGAACUGCGAGACUUUAUCAAGGCACGAUCUAUUUCCAAGGUUAUUAUUCUGACAAGCCAAUGGCAGUUUGUAAGAGUUGAUCGUCAACUGAGUAGCAAUGAGCCAAUGCGUUACGUCGUUUCGCCCAGCUUAGAAUUGGAAAGUGGGAAAACGUUUGAAGAACUUGGAUGGAAGAAAUUGGAAAUAACGAAUACAAAUGACACUCCAUUGGCAAUACGUGGUGGAGGUUGUGCUCCCAGCCUAUUCAAAUUCCUUUCAAAGGAAAAUAUAGCUUGUGCACUGUUGUUCAGAUUCUCCUCUGAAGGCAAUAAUAGCCCUGAUGCUAAGGAAUUUGCACGAUUUCUAAAUCAAUGGAUAUCGCUGCUUCCAGAAAGCAACAAAGACACAUGCUGGAAAGAGCCACCCUCUUGGCAACACAUAUUCGGUCCUGACGCUCCUGUAGAAAUUUACUGAAAUGUCUGUUCAUUUGUAUUUUUUUUUGUAUAUACAAAAGAAUUUUGUAUAAAGAAUUGAAAUUGAAUUUGCUUAGAUAGAGUUUUGGGAAAUAAAGAAACCAAUGGUUACUUUCAA